AUGUCAGAGGGUUCAUUCCUCCUUCAGGAGGACCUGACCUGUCCGGUGUGUAAAGAUCUUUACCGGGAGCCCGUGCUUCUUUCCUGCAGCCACAGCUUCUGCAAGGAGUGCUUGGAACAAUGCUGGAAGGUGCCGGGGCAGAAGUGUCCCGUGUGCAGGAAGAGCUGCGACGGCGAGCAACCAAUCUCCAACCGGGCGCUGAUGGCCGCCACCGAGUCCUUUCAGAAAGAGAAGGGCUGGCGGGGACGGAACGCAAUCAGUAACGUGUCUCUUUGUAACCUGCACCGUUUGGAGCUUCAACUUUACUGCGUAAAGGACGAGGAGCCGGUGUGCGUCGACUGUGUCCCUCUACAUCGGACUCACGAGCUGCUGCCACUCAACAUGGGGGCGCCGUUUUGUAAGGUGAGAGUGAGGAGAUUCGAUUAUCUGGGCCCGGUUUCCCCGGUGGGAGGAGUUUGUGGGCGGGUGAAAAGUGAUUGCAUUCGUUUUGGACCGGUUUGCCUCCCGGGCUUGAGCCAGGUGCCACGCUCUGGCCGACGCCGAAGUCGGCUCAAAACAAAAAUUGACAUAGGUUAAGCACGUGGAGUAAUUAAUAGGAUGCUGUGUUUUGACAUACAAAGUGAUUGCUUUUAAUAAAAAACGCUUUAUCUGUCUUCCCAAUGAAAACUAUUUUGAAAAUUAUAACAUUUAUUUUAUGGAAAAUAGAUGUUGUAUGUUUCUGAACGAUGCACCAUGCUGCCUUGUUGACAACAUGAUAAAGCGCUGCAGAUUACUGUUCAUUUGAGAAGGGCGCUACUCCCUCACCGCUUUGGCCCUUCAUAGGUGGUUUGAAGUCAGAUACAAAUCUGAUUCCUGGGCAUGCGACUUGUGUCUGAACUGCUGUGGCUAGCCAAAAAGGACUCGUUUUGAAAGUUGGAUCAUCUUAUCCUUUGAGGCUUUAAAAGUGUUCUUACGCUAUGAUUUGGAACAUUCAAAGCACCUGGGAAACGUCCAUGGCAGGUCUUCUUCUUCUUCAAGAUUGUAUUGGCGGACUACAUCCAAAAGGGUAUUGUCGCCACCUACUGGGUGGGGUAGAACUGAGAACGAAAAUUAAUAAAUAAUAAUAAUACAAAAUAAAACACUCAUAUUAUUCUCAAAAAACAAAACAAAAGUCAAUGUACUCCUUCACAUAGUCAAAUGUACUCCGAUCCCUACACAGGUUCUGGGGCCUGAGAGGGGGAAGCAUCUUCAGACAUUAUUCCCUGCAAAGUUUCAGAUGUGAAAUCCUGGUGAUCUAAGAAACUUUUAGCCGCUUUCACAAUGAUUUCCAGUUUCUUUGAUUUUUGUUGUUGUUAGUUUGUCCUGUACAAUUAAACACCUGCGCAAUGAACGCAACAAAAUCAACCUUCACGAUCAGUGUUUCAGGAUCUCUCAACUGACUGACAUCCACAGACUGUUGGGUAUCCACUGCCAUAGCUUCAUCAUCUCUACUCACUGCUUCGACAAUUUUCACUGACUCUGAAUAAGAGACCUUCUCAACAGCCCUGAUCCUUGCUACUUCAACCUCCUUCACCCUAACAGGGCACUCAGGGAACUCUGGAACGUGAUUCCCAUCACAAUGGUAACAUUGUGCAUCCUCAGACUCUUCAUCAAUUAUAUUCCGUUUGCAAACACUUGACACAUGGCCAAACUUUUUACAUUUAUGACAUUGAAGUUGCUUUUGUACAUAAGCUCGCACCACAUAUCUCAUAUAGCCCAGCUUUACAUGGGUUGGGAGAAAUUCUUCAUCAAACAUCAAUAACACAGAAAGGUUUUCCUCCUUUCCAUUCACAGUGUGGGUUAAGCGACGUGAAUCAACUACUCCUGGCAUGUGCAUCUUAAAACCAUGAAGCCUCAAUAGCCAUAGAGAUGCCAGAUAUGACACCUUUUAUUGGUGACCUACUCCGAUAAUCAUAGCAUUCCACUUCAUACAUUGAUAAUUUGUGCUUUCUCCUUUUGUUCUGUUGACACACAUGAAAUCAACAUCAUACCACUCCUGGUCAAUCUGACUCCACUUCUCCCAAUGCAUCCUUCACCAUCUUUGUGACCGCAAACGGGUUUCCCCAAAAAACAUCCUUCCUCAUGAAUCGCACUCCAACAAGGAAUGAGGCGUUAUCAUACUGAAGCUUAUCUUCAUUUACAACUUUAGCCCUUUUAGCUCCAUUCUUAGAGGAUAUUAGUGAAAUACUGAAAUAUCUAUCUUCACUCGCACCAACAGAAUCAAGCGUUGCUUCUGCUUCCGCCAUUGCUCUCCCUCCCCAAGUUAGUGCUUAUAGCAAUAAAACUUUCCCGGCAGGCAUUGUUGUCUCCUUAGCUUGCUACAUAACUUCUGAGUGAUAGGAACCACGAGCACCACCACCAAUCAGCCUACACCACUGUGGCCACACCUGUCGUUACUAUGACAACUAGCGUAGCCAUGUCAGCAAAUGACUGCUGUUGAACCCACACAUCUGAUUUGGUCACUUGUAACUUGCUGUUUGGACAGUCAGCAUUCCAAAACAGAUUUGAAAAACAAAACUGAUUUCAGCAUUAAGGCCUGCAGUGUGAAACAACGCUUUAUUGCCCCGAGUCCCCCCCCCCCCUUAGUCAACACCCAAUUGCUUAGGACCUGAAACAAUACUGCAAAUAAGUUGAUGUAUGUUUUUUUAUUAUCUGGUAGUCACUAGAUCACAAACUAAUAUGGAUAUUAAUUGUGUUUUAUGUGUUCUAUUGCAGGAAGAACUGACCAUUAAAGUCAACAUAUUGGAGGAGAAAGUGGAGUCCUUCAAGAGAAUGAAAAAGAAAUGCCCUAACACAGUCGAUUUCAUAAAGGUACUAUAAUAUUGUAUCUGCUUGACCUGCUGACAUCUACACAGUAGGACCUACCCAUUACCAUGACUAAUGCCCAUGUGUCAAUGUCAUGUGGACAAAUCUUGGUGAAGGUUUUGUGUAAAAUAAUGGGAUUUGUUAGAACUCUUUGAUGCCCUCACUAGUUAUAUCUAGAUGGGUGUGCCCUAUCCAGAGCCCAACAGUUUGAUGUUCAUCAUACUGUCAUUUGUUCUGUAAUGAGAUAUGUGAACCAACCUGUUUGACUGGUUAUGAGUAUGGACAAGCUGAGAGUCCUUGAGCCUCCAGAAAGAAUGGGAAAUAAACAGAAUAGUUGACUGUAGAUCAAACCUAGGGCCUGGAGUCCUAACAAGGAAAAACUCCAGGAAAGCCUCUAGAUGAAACUAUAAUUAUAGUCUAUAGAUGAGUAAUGUUGUAUGAGAUAUGAAUGACGAGAGGUAUGUCAGUAUCAUUACAGAACAUCACUCUUCCUCCAACCUCUCUCGUACCCAGAGCCAGGCCGAACAGGCAGAGAAGCAGAUCAAGGCAGAGUUUGUGAGGCUCCAUCAGGUGCUGUGUGUAGAGGAGGCUGCCAGGCUGAAGGCCCUGGCAGACGAGGAGGAGGACAAGAGAUCCAGUAUGGAGGACAGGAUCAACUCCUUGACCCAUGACAUCGCUGCCCUCACUAAGCUGGUCCAAACAGUGAAGAGGGAGAUGGGGGCAGAGGAUUUAACCUUCUUGAAGGUAAGCAGGAGGGGUCCCCUCAUAGGGGUGGGGUCUCCCUCUCUCAUCCUAACUGUACAUUGUCACUGUGCAUGACAGUGAGACAUUUUUGAACGGAUGCAUUUGUCGAUCUUAUUCACAAUGAACUAAUGGAUUCAAUUGUGUUGUUAUUUUUCAGAACUUCCCAGCCUUAAAGAAAAAGUAAGUACAGUAACAUCCUAUCAGUUGCCCUACAGUUCAUGUACCCUCCUUCUAAUAUCAUGGUCAUCUUCUAUGAUGGCAUGUUUUCACAGAGCCCAGUGGCCUCGUGAAGACCCCCAGAAUCCUUCAGAUGCUCUCCUGAACAUGGCCAAGCACGUGGGCUCUCUGGGCUACAGCAUUUGGAAGAGCAUGCAGGCUCACGUCACAUGCAGUGAGUACAUGUACUAAAGGACAAGGGGUUAGGUUAGGGUUAUAACUUGAUACAUAAGUUAUGACACACAAUACAAUGGGUGUGGAUGGCUAUAUAACGUGUAAGGGGUCAAUGUUUUGAAUGAAGGAGGAAACACUUUGAGCAACAGUUACGCUUCAAUCAUAAUGUUUUGUAACACAUCUCUCUCUCUCUCUCUCCAGUCCCAGUGGUGAUGGACCCUAACACGGCCUCUCCCUGGCUCUCCCUGUCCCCAGACCUGGCCAGCGUACGGGACAGCCCAGAGCGGCAGUCCCUCCCGGACAACCCCGAGCGCUUCGACCCCUGUGUCUUCGUCCUUGGAGCUGAGGGCUUCCGCUCCGGCAAGCACCGCUGGGAGGUCCAUGUCGGAGACAACCCAAAGUGGAUCCUGGGAGUCUGUAAGGAGUCUGUGGCUCGCAAGAGGAAGUUCACCGUGUCCACAGACAGGGGCGUGUGGACCAUCGGGCUGAGCAAAGGGGUGUACAACGCCCUGACGGGCAAACGCACAGUGCUGGCCGUGGAGAGGCGGCCGGAGAGGAUCCGGGUCAAGCUAAACAUGGAUAAGGGGGAGGUGUCAUUUUGGGACGCAGGCAACGGUGGGAAGCACCUGUGCACCUUCACACACGAGUUUACAGAGAGAGUGUUCCCCAUAUUUGGUCCUGGGCUCCACAGCACCCCGAUGGAGGUUAACCCGGCCAAGGUGACCAUUCAUACUGCCUGACAGGGCAGUGUGACAGUCACUACAGAGUGCUAAGAGUCUGGUUCAAUAGCUGAUAGGCAGUAGUAGUACUCACUUAUAUAGAGGUCACAUGUUAUAGAAGGCAGCCUAACAUGGAUGUGUAUAUACAGUAUAUAUAUAUGUGUGUCUAGGGAGUCUAUGUAGGGUCAGUGCAAGAUGGAGUCAGUGCGGGUAGUUCGGGUACCAUUCAUUUACUAAUUAGUCUAUGCCAAAUUGUCUUAGUCUUUGUACAAGCCUAUUCUAUAUGAUGCUUAAUUUGCUCAUCUAAUGUAAAAAAAAUAAUCUAAUAAGGCACAUGAUUGCAUAUUUUCUUGACAGUGUUGUAUGAUAUUAUAGUGACUUGAUGUAAUGUUUCAAAUAAAAAUCUAAGUGACAAUUUGAUCAUAUGACAUGAAAUAAUGCAUUAUGAUAAUUUCUUACUUUUCAUUGUCUUAGGUUUGAGUGAAUGCCGAAGUGUUUUGCUCUCAAUCAAAUUGAUUUUAUUUAUAUUAUUCAUUAUUCAUUCAUUCUUUUCUUUUUUUUAACAUACUAUGGGAAACUAGAGUUUGUAUUUUUAUAGUCUGCCAUAAAACCUUAAAGAAGAAGAAGAAGCAGCGCGUACAAUGGAAUAUUUUUUGUUUUUGUUUCAAUACCCCGUACAGUAGGUGGCGGCAAUACACCAAUAGGUGUAGUGUGCCAUAAAACUUUAAAGAAGAGGAAGAGGAGCCUUUUGUGUGGGAGGCUGCCAUAUACAAAAACAACAAACAUCACCUGGCGUCAGGCAAUAAGCAAGUAACAUUUCACGCUGGCUGGUGUGCUAAGGCGUAAGAGCAUACAUUAUGGCUAAAUUAUGAAGAUGUGUCUGAAGCUGCGACAGACAUAUUUCAUUAUUAUUAUGAUUUAGCUAACCAUCAUUGAAUAGAUGGCCAACGACUGCGCUUUUGUAUCUGGAGUAAAGUUAGCUUGCUCGCUAACUGGCUAGCAGCCAACCAGUAAGCGCGAGCCCCUACGGAGGGUGGUCCGUGUCCUCCCGUGAUUCCGGACGCCGGGGACUGGAGGCCAGUGCUGGAUUCCGACGACCCUCUUUGGUAGCCAUUGCUAGCUAACCUUAGCUAUCUCACAAGCAGUUUUGCAUUGUGUCGCUCACAACUCACUGACAAUGUAAAAUAUCAUGGGGACGGAGACACGGGAUCUGGUGAGUAUCACAAAUGCAUGGGAAGGUAAGCUAAUGUAACGGUUCUAGGCUCUACUAGUGUGGUGAUUGGUGUCGCUUUCAAGAUAACAGCAAAUCCGCUACGCUAGCUAACGUUCAAUACUCGCUUGCUGGCUAUCUGGUUAUAACUAACUAGCUACUAGCAACGUGCAAAGUUUGUAUUUAGCUAUUCUGUUAACGUUAGCCAACUAAUGACAUUACGUUAGCUAGCCAUAGCAAUAACAGGUAACGUUAGCUAGUUAGUUAGCGUUUGUCUGCGGAUAGUUAGCAUUGUUUUGAUAGCUACUAGCUAGCUGCUCGCUCACCGUUUCCUGGCAUUUAGCUAUAUAUGCGUUUUUGUAUUCUUUAAAAUGAUUUGCGAAACGUGAUUCAAUUGAGAUGUUUGCUGAUUAGUAAGCUAGAAACAGAGCAGCACCCAUAGACAGAAUAACUGCGACGAUGAUUCGCUAUGAAUAUCUAUAUAGAAAACGUAUUAAUUUAUUAAAGUGUAACUAGGAACUAUUUGAAUAUGUCGGAAAUUUAAAUAAAUGAGAUUUUGUCAUAUUGACAGAAGCCGAAUCUUCUACAAUGUGGGGGUGACACGUUGUCAGUUUACUAUAUAACCUCUGGCUCUGACUGUUGUCACUUUACAAAAUGUGAAUAAUUAAUUUACCUUUCUUAGAGACAUAAAUAAUUGGAUCAGUAGUAACACUAGUCUCAUAUGAAAAGCACAUUCCUUAAGUUGUCACUGUGCCAUGGACAUAAAUUAAAUAAUCUCUUCUCUACCUGCCAGCACACAUUUUUUAGCUUGUUUGGUUACUGCAGUAUGUGACUGCAAUAUAUAUUUGGCAGAUUUUUGAUUGCAAGUUAUUGCCUAAUGCCAAUCGAGUUUUAGAUAUUUGACUCUGUGCAUAUGGUGCUGUAACCAGAAUGCAACACUGAUGUGACAUAUAGGCAAAACUAGAGCAUCUUUCAUCCUAUGUUGAAAUGUAACCUCUUUAUAAAAUAUUUGUAGCAAUGUAGUCCAUCUCACUGAAGUUGCAUUGCUUUUUUAACAAUUUCUAGGUUCCCGGCUUGUGAGCAAGAUAAUCGGACAACCCCAUCUUCUUCACCUUCUCCACUUAUUCCAGGUGGGGGAGAGGAUGGCCUCCCUCCUCCAUGGCCCCCUGCUGGGGUUGCUGCUGGUGACUGUGGCCCCUGGGUGUUGGGCAGGAGACUGUAAGGGCCACAGACAGGUGCUGAGGGGCCCCCCAGGGUACGUCACAGAUGGGCCAGGGAACUACUCUGUAAACGGGAACUGCGAGUGGCUCAUCAAAGGUGAGUGAGACACUGGUGGGAAAACUGAGUGCUGUGAUAAGUGUGUGUUGAUAGAUUAGUUGUCUUGGUUGAUGUCAGUUUAAUGUGAAUACAUGGAUCCCAAAGAUAUGCCAAGGAAAUUCCUGUGUAGAGCAAAUUAAGUAAACUCUAAAUUAUAUCAGACUGACGUUUCUUUCCUGUAUUCUCUCCAAGCCCCCAGCAGCAAUUACCGUAUCGUCCUGAACUUCACCUUCAUGGAGACAGAAUGCACCUACGAUUACCUGUUCGUCUACGAUGGAGACUCCUACCAGAGCCCCCUACUGGCCAGUCUGAGUGGCACCACCCUGCCGCAGCCCAUAGAAGCCAAGUCUGGCAAGGUAACCACAUCAUUAUCUAUGGAAGGGGGAACUAGACAUGUUCUGAGAUGUCGGAUAUCAACCUCCGACUGCUGGGGAUUUGAGUGGGGAAACUUUUCAUACCAGCAUUAAAUGGAUGGAUGGAUGGAUUGAUGGGUUUCUAUGGCCUCAAUUCAUUUCAGCACACAUAAUUCAGAGUGACAGCUAGAGGUUUCUGACUCGACGGGCUGGAUGGAUUACAAUAUCAUGAAAAAAAUAAAAUAAAGUUGUUAAUUGCCCCCUUCACAUCCUUUCUCUCUUGUCCUCCCUCCAGAUGCUGCUCCACCUCUUCAGCGAUGCCAACUACAACCUCCUGGGCUUCAAUGCCACCUACUCGUUCUCUGUGUGCCCUGGAGCCUGCGGAGGUCACGGGCGCUGUGACACAGCCUCAUCCCUGUGCCAGUGCCACCUGGGCUGGGGAGGAGCCGACUGCGCCACCCCUCUGUGUCCCCAGGCCUGCAUCCUGCAUGGCACCUGUGACAAGGUAAGAAGAUGAAGGGAGACUUUAUUAUCCACAUUGAAAACUGUGCAGUUUUUAGACAACAUACAGACAACAUGUUGGUUUAUUACAGUGCAAUAAAACAAAGGUUGGGAUGAGUUAGGCGAGGAUGGAAAGUGGACAGCCAACUGAGAUGCUGGAGACAGCUAGCUGAGGGAACCUAUGUACAAGGCUACCUAAGGAGUUAAUUAUUAAGCAGGGUAUACAUUUGAGUUCAAACACAGAAGGGGAAACCAGCACAGCAGCAACAUAAAUAGGGGUUGAAUGACCCUCCUUUCCUUUACAUAUUGUAAUAUCGUUGAUUGCUGAUUUCUCUCACACUUUCUUUCUUUCUCCUUCUUUCUCUUCCUCUCUCAGAGAGGAGAGCGUUGUCUCUGCAGCUCGGACUUCCUGGGCCAGAGCUGUCAGUUGGGUCUCCGUGAUGACAGUGGGGCGGGGCAGUGGUGGCAGGUGAGCGGGGGCGACCCCUACACUCCCCCCCGGACCGGCUCUGCUGGGGUCUACCUGUCCUCCACUGGAGCCAUGUACCUGUUUGGAGGUGAGGGAUAGAACACAACUGUUUGUUUAUUUUUAUAUAGUGGUGGAUCCCAUUGUACAUAAAAAAAAAUAUUUUACAUGCCGAAGGUAUACCAAUACUGUAUACUAUUCAAAUUCAGGUGUUGUUAGUCAGGAUGUUAGGGUUGAUUUGUUUUCACUUUAUGUGCUGAUUCAUUGUCUAACUGGACCCGGUAUCGACCCAGUCAGGAGUAUUGUUUGGCUUGGUUAACAUUAACCCAGUUUAGAUGAGGCGAGUACACGGCUUCACAGAAGACCUUGACCUUAUUGCUGUUGGACAACUGUCUCUGCAUAGUAAGCAUUGUGGCUUUCAAUACAUGUCAUGAUGUAAUAGGUUAACUGGUUCUGUAUGGUUGGUGCUGUUUGAUAUUUCAGGGUUUGACUUGAACCGAGCUCUGGGGGACCUGGUUAAAUACAACUUCAGCAUGAACCAGUGGGAGAACAGAUCUUAUGGACACUCCCCAGUAAGUGCCUGCCCCAUGCCAAGAUGUCAAAGACUGUUCUCUUUUAGUUAUUAUUUCCUUUGUUUAUCUUAUGCUUUGAUAUUUUAUUGAAGAUCCCAGCAAAAUUUGGAUUUUCAUUUAUCUGACUUUCAUUUAACUACAUGUCCAGCCCUUAUAUUUAGCCUCACAAUAUUUUCAAGACAACCAGGGCUACAAGUAGAACACAAAACAAUUUGACAUAAACAGUUGCAUUCAUGAGUUAUAUUGACAAAUGUCGAUAAAAAUGAAUUUAUAUGAAUGCUGUAAGUACAGAAAUUGUUUGCUCAUUGGGAAAUUAAAUAUCCAACUAGUCAGUGACAACUGUUUGGUGUUUGUGACAGCAACUAUGUGAGCUUAUUACAGUAUUAUAGACACUAUGUCCUGGGAUUUCCUAUGAUCUUCUAUGUAGAAGAACCCCUUACCUUCUAACGACUCUUGUGUAGCUUGUGAGUGUCAUAGAGCAAAAUAUGUUACAUGUGCAUGUUCGUGUGAGUCUCAGCUUUUAAUAGUUUGUAGCUCAAACCAUUUGGACUCUACAGAUGGUUUUGUAUAAAAGACCCCUUCGGGAUCCGCCAUUGUCUCACAAACACCACUCUAGCUUCGCCCCCAUUAUUCACACAGACUAAAAGGGGUUAGUUAAAAACGCGCCGGCGAUGCGGUGGGACUCAUUGGACUAAACCAAUGCUCCUAAACAUUUCUCUUUCCCUCCCUCUCCUGUGAACCACAUUCUACAUCUCUCCCUAUCUUACUGUCUCACUCUCACCCCUCCUUUUUCUCUUUCUUCUUGUUCCCACUUCCUCUCAUCCUUCCCUUUCUUCCUCCUGCCCACCCCAUCCCAACUGUCAUCUCUCUUCUUAUCACCCCCCUCUUCCUCUCUCCCUUCUUUCUUUCCCCCCUCCCUCUGUCAGGCGGCUCGUCACUCCCACACAGCAGUUGAGUGGAAGGGGAACAUGGUGAUCUUCGGAGGAGAGCUCGCGAGCGCCGCUUUAGCCAGCGAUGUCUGGAUGUACCGCCCAAUCCAGGAUGACUGGCAGCAGCUCGGCCAAUCCCAUUUGCACGGGGCACCGAGAGUGGCCAACCAUGCAGCAGCUGUAGUGGACAACUAUCUCUACAUAUUUGGAGGUAAAUUACUAAUUGAAAUGCAAUGUUACCUGAAUUUGUAGAAUAUUUUUAAACUGCAAACAUUACUUUAUAGGUGUGUGUAUAUGCAGUGAAAACCUCUUGCAGAAUAUGUUCAAGUGCUGCAAAGAAAGACUUAGUUAAGCUGCAUCUGUUGUGGGGAUGUUGGGGGGGAUGGAAUGGAUCACAGGAAUUAUUUGCUAGGAUAAUAAUUGCUUGUCAAUGAAUUAAAUGUAAUACAAUGGCAAUCCGGGUUAUAUGUUAAAAUCCUAUGCUUGAACUGCCAACGUUAUUACGCAUAUUAAUUGAUAAUGAUGGAAAAUAGGAUAUGCAUAAUUUUUUUUAAAUAGUUAUAUAUAUAGAGGUGACAGCAUUGGAAAUGCUUUUGGUGGUUAAUCUGCUUCUGUUUUGUGGGUGGCACUGUGUGCUGUUUUCGAUGGAUGGGUCCUGGCCUCUCGGGGCCUUAGGGAUCCGGAGGGACGUGGGUGGGAUGCUGAUCACUGGGAUGACGGCUCAACUUGGGAUGGGGAGGGGCUUUAGCAGGGGAAUUAGUGGAGAACAAUUGAAGGGUUACUCCGUAGCAAUGCAAAUAUCACAGUACAGCUAUAUGGACACUCAAUCAUUACGGUAUUUUUUAUUGGUACAUUUACAAACAUAUAUAAUGAUAAAUAGACUUGAAACUUGUAUCUCAUUAUGGUGUAUGGUGAAAUAAGUAUAGCCAGUUAUAAUUGUAAUGGCUUAGUUGAUAAUAACAAAAGAAAAACAAUAUUUACAUGGCUCAAAGAGAAGGAAUAUAAUAUCUAUUGUAUACAGGAAACUCAUUCAACAAUUCGAGAUGAAGUUGCGUGGAAAAAAGAAUGGGGGGGGGGGGAAUAUACUUCUCCCAUGGGCAAAGAAAUUCAAAAGGGGUGAUGAUAUUAAUUAAUAGUAAUUUCGAUCCGAAUGUGCAAAUUGUCCAAAUAGAUACGCAAGGUAGAUGGAUUAUUUUAAAUAUGUUAUUGGACCAUAAACAGAUAUGGCUCAUUAACCUUUACGGACCAAAUAAUGAUGAUCCUCAAUUCUUUGACAAUAUAUAUAAUAUAUUAUCAACCCUGCAAGCAAUUCAAGACAAUAUUAUUAUGGUGGGGGAUUAUAAUACUGUUUUAAAUAGCUCAAUGGACCGUAAAGGAAAUCACACCACAAACAAUCACCCACAUGCUCUUAAGGAAAUCGUGAACGUCAUGGAUACAUUAGAACUAGUAGAUAUAUGGAGGCUUAAAUAUCCUGAUCUAGUGAGAUAUACAGUGGGGAAAAAAAGUAUUUAGUCAGCCACAAAUUGUGCAAGUUCUCCCACUUAAAAGAUGAGAGAGGCCUGUAAUUUUCAUCAUAGGUACACGUCAUCUAUGACAGACAAAUUGAGAGAGAAAAAAACCAGAAAAUCACAUUGUAGGAUUUUUAAUGAAUUUAUUUGCAAAUUAUGGUGGAAAAUAAGUAUUUGGUCACCUACAAACAAGCAAGAUUUCUGGCUCUCACAGACCUGUAACUUCUUCUUUAAGAGGCUCCUCUGUCCUCCACUCGUUACCUGUAUUAAUGGCACCUGUUUGAACUUGUUAUCAGUAUAAAAGACACCUGUCCACAACCUCAAACUGUCACACUCAAAACUCCACUAUGGCCAAGACCAAAGAGCUGUUAAAGGACACCAGAAACAAAAUUGUAGACCUGCACCAGGCUGGGAAGACUGAAUCUGCAAUAGGUAAGCAGCUUGGUUUGAAGAAAUCAACUGUGGGAGCAAUUAUUAGGAAAUGGAAGACAUACAAGACCACUGAUAAUCUCCCUCGAUCUGGGGCUCCACGCAAGAUCUCACCCCGUGGGGUCAACAUGAUCACAAGAACGGUGAGCAAAAAUCCCAGAACCACAUGGGGGGACCUAGUGAAUUACCUGCAGAGAGCUGGGACCAAAGUAACAAAGCCUACCAUCAGUAACACACUACGCCGCCAGGGACUCAAAUCCUGCAGUGCAAGACGUGUCCCCCUGCUUAAGCCAGUACAUGUCCAGGCCCGUCUGAAGUUUGCUAGAGUUCAUUUGGAUGAUCCAGAAGAGGAUUGGGAGAAUGUCAUAUGGUCAGAUGAAACCAAAAUAUAACUUUUUGGUAAAAACUCAACUCGUCGUGUUUGGAGGACAAAGAAUGCUGAGUUGCAUCCAAAGAACACCAUACCUACUGUGAAGCAUGGGGGUGGAAACAUCAUGCUUUGGGGCUGUUUUUCUGCAAAGGGACCAGGACGACUGAUCCGUGUAAAGGAAAGAAUGAAUGGGGCCAUGUAUCGUGAGAUUUUGAGUGAAAACCUCCUUCCAUCAGCAAGGGCAUUGAAGAUGAAACGUGGCUGGGUCUUUCAGCAUGACAAUGAUCCCAAACACACCGCCCGGGCAACGAAGGAGUGGCUUCGUAAGAAGCAUUUCAAGGUCCUGGAGUGGCCUAGCCAGUCUCCAGAUCUCAACCCCAUAGAAAAUCUUUGGAGGGAGUUGAAAGUCUGUGUUGCCCAGCGACAGCCCCAAAACAUCACUGCUCUAGAGGAGAUCUGCAUGGAGGAAUGGGCCAAAAUACCAGCAACAGUGUGUGAAAACCUUGUGAAGACUUACAGAAAACGUUUGACCUGUGUCAUUGCCAACAAAGGGUAUAUAACAAAGUAUUGAGAAACUUUUGUUAUUGACCAAAUACUUAUUUUCCACCAUAAUUUGCAAAUAAAUUCAUUAAAAAUCCUACAAUGUGAUUUUCUGGAUUUUUUUUUUCUCAUUUUGUCUGUCAUAGUUGACGUGUACCUAUGAUGAAAAUUACAGGCCUCUCUCAUCUUUUUAAGUGGGAGAACUUGCACAAUUGGUGGCUGACUAAAUACUUUUUUCCCCACUGUAUAUAGGUUGUAUGUUGGGAGCUUUUGGAAAAGAGCACAGUUAGAAAGAUAUGGCAUAUAGAAGCAAACCGGAAGGACAUAAAGAAAAUGAUCGGAGAGGUUGAGAGUAGAAGAAGUUCAGGAGCAAAAAAAAUAAAUAAAUAUAUAUAUAUAUAUGUAUGUAUGUAUAUAUAUAUAUAUAUGUAUGUAUGUAUGUAUGUAUGUACUCGGGAGGCCAUUUACAUACAGGACCAGUCAAAAGUUUGGACACACCUACUCAUUCAAGGUUUUUUAUUUAUUUUUACUAUUUUCUACAUUGUAGAAUAAUAGUGAAGACAUCAAAACUAUGAAAUAAUACAUAUGGAAUCAUGUAGUAACCAAAAAAGUGUUAAACAAAUCAAAAUAUGUUUUUGAUUCUUCAAAGUAGCCACCCUUUGCCUUGAUGACAGCUUUGCACACUCUUGGCAUUCUCUCAACCAGCUUCACCUGGAAUGCGUUUCCAACAGUUGAAGGAGUUCCCACAUAUGCUGAGCAAUUGUUGGCUGCUUUUCCUUCACUCUGCGGUCCAAUUCAUCCCAAACCAUCUCAAUUGGGUUGAGGUCAGGUGAUUGUGGAGGUCAUCUGAUGCAGCCCUCCAUCACUCUCCUUCUUGGUCAAAUAGCCCUUACACAGCCUGGAGGUGUGUUGGGUCAUUGUCCUGUUGAAAAACAAAUGAUAGUCCCACUAAGCCCAAACCAGAUGGGAUGGCGUAUCGCUGCAGAAUGCUGUGGUAGCCAUGCUGGUUAAGUGUGUCUUGAAUUCUAAAUAAAUCACCCACAGUGUCACCAGCAAAGCACCCCCACGCCAUCACACCACCUCCUCCAUGCUUCACGCUGGGAACCACACAUGCAGAGAUCAUCCGUUCACCUACUCUGCGUCUCACAAAGACAUGGCAGUUGGAACCAAAAAUCUCAAAUUUGGACUCAUCAGACCAAAAGGACAGAUUUCCACCGGUCUAAUGUCCAUUGCUCGUGUUUCUUGGCCCAAGCAAAUCUCUUGUUCUUAUUGGUGUCCUUUAGUAGUGGUUUCUUUACAGCAAUUUGACCAUGAAGGUCUGAUUCACACAGUCUCCUCUGAACAGUUGAUGUUGAGAUGUGUCUGUUACUUGAACUCUGUGAAGCAUUUAUUUGGGCUACGAUUUCUGAGGCUGGUAACUCUAAUGAACUUAUCCUCUGCAGCAGAGGUAACUCUGGGUCUUCCUUUCCUGUGGCGGUCCUCAUGAGAGCCAGUUUCAUCAUAGCGCUUGAUGGUUUUUGCCACUGCACUUGAAGAAACUUUCAAAGUUCUUGAAAUGUUCUGGAUUGACUGACCUUCAUGUCUUAAAGUAAUGAUGGACUGUCGUUUCUCUUUGCUUAUUUGAGCUGUUCUUGCCAUAAUAUGGACUUGGCCUUUUACCAAAUAGGGCUAUCUUCUGUAUACCCACCCCUACCUUGUCACAAUACAACUGAUUGUCUCAAACGCAUUAAGAAGGAAAGAAAUUCCCCAAAUUAACUUUUAACAAGGCACACCUGUUAAUUGACAUGAAGCUGGUUGAGAGAAUGCCAGCAGUGUGCAAAGCUGUCAUCAAGGCAAAGGGUGGCUACUUUGAAGAAUCUCAAAUAUAUUUUGAUUUGUUUAACACUUUUUUGGUUACUACAUGAUUACAUAUGUGUUAUUUCAUAGUUUUGAUGUCUUCACUAUUAUGCUACAAUGUAGAAAAUAGUAAAAAAUAAAGAAAAACACUAGAAUGAGUAGGUGUGUUCAAACUUUUGACUGGCGCUAUAAGUAUUCAGACCCUUUGCUAUGAGACUCAAUUAAGCUCAGGUGGAUCCUGUUUCCAUUGAUCAUCCUUGAGGUGUUUCUACAACUUGAUUGGAGUCCACCUGUGGUAAAUUCAAUUGAUUGGACAUGAUUUGGAAAAGCACACACCUGUGCCUUUUUCUCCUCUCCACUCUUCAGGUCGUACGGAAGAGGACAUGUUCUCGUCAUCACUGUAUCGGUUUGGUCUGCGGGGGUCUGGGGUGUGGGAAGCGGUGCAGCCCACCGGUGGGAAGCCCCCCGCCACAGCAGGUCACUCCAUGGUGUUCCACCCCCCGUCCCGGGCCCUGCUGGUCUACGGGGGCCACAGGCCUACCACCGCCAGGUACAGUUGGAGGAGGGGAUUGUGGGACUGUCUUGUGUUUAUUAUCCAAGUUAAAGUACACACUGAGAGUACACAUUGAGUCGUGUGUGUGUGUUUAGUGCUAUUUGGUCAUGGAAGAACAGGUUCUCGCUAGGUUCUUGGCUUCUCCAAGGUUCAGUGUCCAUGUGAUUCCCAAUACUGUUUGGUAUCUGUUUGUGUCUCAGCAAGUGUCUGUGUGUUAAUGUUUGGGAGUGUUUCUAUAGUCUCUCAAAUCAUCUGCCUCCUUCCUGCCUCUCUCUCCCCCUCAGGUUCAGUGUACGUGUGAACUCCACGGAUGUAUUCCACGUGGACCGGAGGUUCUGGACCUCGUUCCGCUCCCGUUUCCCAGCCACAGGCCCCAGGGAGAGAGCCUUCCACUCAGCCACCGUCAUCGGCAACUACAUGGUGGUCUAUGGUGAGGGGACAUAUGAUAGAGAUGGAGAUGGUCAUCACAGAGAUUAAAGGAUAGGGAUGGAGACCUCCUGAAUGGAUUCAUACAAUUGUUUGCUGUCCAGCCGCUUUACCGUCUAAUAUCGCUCCUAUUCUCCCUAUUCCACCCCCCCCCCCCCCCCCCCCUCUCUCUCUCAGGGGGGAAUGUGCACAUCCACUACCAGGAGGAGAAGUGUUAUGAUGAGGGAAUCUUCUUCUACCACCUGGGCUGUCACCAGUGGGUGUCUGCUGGGGAGAGCCUCCAGCACAGUGAGUCCCUACACACGCACACAUUCUCACUUGCUCAUACAGACAUUCAUGUUGCUUUAUGUUGAAUCAUCUCUCUCUCUUUCCCUUCAGGAGGAGAGGCUGUGAGAGGGCGGUACUCCCAUGUAGCUGCUGUGAUGGAGGGCAGGGUGCUGCUGGUUGCCGGGGGAUACAGUGGUAUUGCCCGUGGAGACCUGGUGGCGUACAAAGUUCCUCUGUUUGUGAGCAGUGACCCAGGAGACCGGGUGAGUCAAGAUGUAAGGAGGAGAGAAGGAGGGAGGGAUGGAGAGUUUAUUAAGGAAUAUUAUUGCAUGGUGGACAGGGGCAUAUUGAAAGGGGGAGAGGUGGAUGGUUGAAACUGCAAUGCUCUCAUCUCCUGAAGCACAAUGUUUUUCAGUGAUACUGUUUUUUUGUGGUUGAAAGCAGGAUUUGUAAACAUUGUAUUUCUUGUGCACAAUUUUUGGUUAGUUCACUGUGGUGCAGGUCUCUCCAACCCUGUUCCUGGAGCGCUACCCUCCUGUAGGUUUUCGCUCCAACCCCAGUUGUAACUAACCUGAUUCAUCUUAUCAACCAGCUAAUUAUUAGUAUCAGGUGCCCUAGAUUAGGGUUAGAGCGAAAACCUACAGGACGGUAGCUUUCCAGGAACAGGGUUGGAGAGACCUGCUGUGGUGUGUGUAUCUUUGUCUGACUGUGUGUUUCUGUGUGUGUCAGGACGCUGUGUGUGCCGAGGCACCAGACGAGAGCGUGUGUCUGAAGAACCCAGAAUGCAGCUGGUGUGAGGGCCGCUGUCGGGAGUACCAACCCACCAACCCGGUAACACACCUAUCCAACACCCUACUUUUUGCAUCCCUUUUUCAACCCAAACCUCAUCCAUCUGUCCUCCCUAUUCACUUUCUCCUAAGAACCUAACAUGACCAUGGAUAAAAACAAUGUUGUUUAACCUGAGUUCCCUGUUGUAUAAAAACAAUGUUUAACUGUCUCUCUCCAGUGUGGCAGCACAGGGUGCCUGGGCCUGGCCCGCUUCCUUUCUGACUGCCAGUCCUGCCUGGUGUUCAGUGGGGCUGCAGGUUCCCUGCCCCGCGCCCCCGGUGACUUCGGCUGGUGUGUCCAGAACGAGUCCUGCCUACCUGUGUCAGGUGAGAUGCACAGAUGGAGGGAGGAGGGGAAAUAAAAAUAUCAAAAGCUAAAAUGCAUGGGAGAUGGACCACAUGAGAAACAACAAUACUGAGCUCUCGGUAUUGCAGAUCAAAGUGCUUGCCGUGUGGACCAGAUCUCAGGGGCGUACGGCUGGUGGGGGGAGCGUACCCGUUUCCUCACCUCAAUCCUUUCCUGUCGCACUGAGAACUAUGUCCCGGGACUGCACCUGCUCACCUUCCAGCACCCCCGCAACGACUCCCAGCCUGACAAGGUACAGAGGCCCCGCGAAGUAGGGUUGUCACGAUACCAACAUCAGGAAACUACGAUAACUGAUUUUCCAUAGCAAAAAGUUAAACACAAAGCAGACUCUUUGGUCCUUUAAAAACGUACUGUACGUAAAUGAUUGUGUGCUAUAGCAUGGAAAAGAAACAGGAUUCUGGGAGACAACAUCAAGCUGCUUGUUUUCAACAUUAGGACUUGUUUCCUCAGAACAUUUAGUGCGCUUCUUGUUUUGUUUCCUUGCCACGAUACCUCUGAGUAUCACGAUACUGGUAUCAUGACAACCCUACUGCCAAGUAUUGUGGUCCUGUGUGGCUCGUGGGUUUGAUUCCCGCUGGGGGCCACCUAUACGUAAAAUGUAUGCAUGCAUGACUGCAAGUCACUUUGGAUACAGCAAUCUGCUAAAUGGCAUAUAUUAAGUAUUGCAGAGGGGUGGCCUCCCGAGUGGCGCAGCGUCUAAGGCACUGCAUCGCAGUGCUAGAGGCAUCACUACAGAUCCGGGUUUGAUCCCGGGCUGUGUCGCGACCGGGAGACCCAUGAGAUGGCGCACAAUUGGCCCUGCGUCGUCCAGGUUAGGGGAGGGUUUGGCCGGCUGGGAUGUCCUUGUCCCAUCGCGCUCUAGCGACUCCUUGUGGCGUGCCGGGCGCAUGCAAGCUGACUUCGGUCGCCAGCUGUACGGUGUUUCCUCCAACACAUUGGUGUGGCUGGCUUCCGGGUUAAGCGAGCAGUGUGUCAAGAAGCAGUGAGGCUUGGCGUGGUCGUGUUUCGGAGGAUGCAUGGCUCUCGACCUUCGCCUCUCCCGAGUCUGUACGGGAGUUACAGCGAUGGGACAAGACUGUAACUACCAAGUGGAUAUCAUGAAAUUGGGGAGGAAAAGGGGGUAAAAAGUACCAAAAAAUAUAUAGAUAUUUAUAUUGCCCAGGGGUGAGGUAGAUUUCUUUCCGGUACGGGACCUUGCAUGCACCCACAUUUUUAAGGGGGCCUACUCAUAGAAUUAUAUAUAGAAUCCAUGUUAAUUUAAUAGGUUCUCUGUGGGCCUAGUCGUAAAGAUUUGUCAGUUAACCUUUAAAAUGUGUUACGUUUUAUUGUAGCAUAAACACAACCAGUCAAGAUGUUUUCAUCUGAUUGUCAAACAAUCAGGCCACCCUGGCACAUUCAUCCACUCUCAACAUAUUUCCAGCCUCCAAACAGUGGUGAAUGGAAAGAGGCAUCUUUUACACAAAACACCAAAAAGUGUAAUGAGAUUUGGCUAUUGUCAUUAAGCCAGAAUUUAUGCGUCCACUGCUGUCCCCACGUCCCGGUGUCAACCACUCAACUUUGCCUUAGCAAAAUGUCAGUGUUCUCGUCGAACCACAUUGCAUUUUGGAGUGUAGGCUAAUACCACCCAUUUAUUUUCAAGUCCAUUCACAAAUAUUGCGGUAAUGAUAAAUAAUGGUGUAAUAGCCUACAGUUUCCUUGACACAUUUUAUUUUUCUGGGACACUGUACCACCUUGCUUUCACCCCUGGUAUUACCUCUACUUCUAGCUAUACUGCGUCUCUAAAGCCCCUCUAAAUACUUACCCUCCUCCCGCCCUGCUUAAGAUACUGUGGGCUUCCCAAACUCUUAUCUGACUGAAUGUAAGGCUGUUUUGUUCUUCUCUCUCUCUCUUCUCUAUUCCUCUGUACUCUAUUUCCCUUUGUGCACUACUUUGGACCAGAGCCCAUAGGGUUUUUCAUAGGGUUUCCCUAUGGGUUCUGGUCCAAAGUAGUGCUCUUCAUAGGGAAUAGGGUGCCAUUCUUGCACUCUUUUAGGAUUUUCUUAGCUUUCUCUGCCUUUACGUUUGACUUCUGUACCUUGCUGUGAGACGUGCCACUCCUAAUGUCAGUUGUAACACCUCCAUCCCCCUUGAACCUCCACCCCUUCAGGUGUCCAUCCUGCGCAGCACCUCCAUCAUCCUCAGCCCCACCACAGAGAUGGACGUCACCCUGCAGUUCCGGGGCUUCAUCCACCCCCUGUGGGGUGCGCCUCCACCUGCACCCCCUCCCACCGAGACAGUCUCCAUGUGGGCCCGGAUACAGAGGCUACACUUUGAGGCCCGCAUGGCUGCUGGACCCAAUUCCCUGCAACUGGUGAGAGAGGGAGAGAGAGAGGGAGAUGGGUGCUUACAUUACACGUUUUUGAGAGAUACGAGUAGAGCCAGACAGUCAUUUGUUUUUACUGAACUCUCUCCCAACCUCCUCCUCCUACCCUCAGAAGGAGGUGGUAGGUCGCUGGGCAGCUCACCAGGAGAAGGAGACGAAGCUGCUGUCCCGUCCUGACAUGGGUCGUCUGUUUCCCAACCUGACCCGAGGGAACCGCUACCUGGUCCAGGCCGAGGGAUACCUCAACAACUCAGGCUCUGGACAGACCAGUGAGAUGGCCCUGACCUGGAACAGAACCACCCUGCCCGGCGGAAGUGUGAGUACCAGCUGACAAUUACAGAUGUUAUAAACAAAAGGUUUAUACUGUAAUACUAAGGCUCGAUACCCUUAACAUCAAUAUUGAAGACGUUUGUUUCUCCCACUGUCUCUCUAUCCCUUUUUUUCCUCCUUUCUUUCUCUCUGUAGGAGAUUUCCUUCUUGUUCUUGGAGCCGUACCGUUCUGGCUCUUGCUCGGGGUACCAGUCGUGCUUGGCGUGUCUGUCAGACCAGUCCUGUGGCUGGUGUCCGUCUCUGGGCCGCUGUCUGUUCCGUGCCCUGCCUGACCUGGAGCCCUGCCCGGAGGACCAGGGGGAAGGGGAGCGCCACCUGCUGCUGGCCCCGCCGCAAUGCACCCUCUGUGAGGAGUACAGGGACUGCUCCGCCUGCACUCAGGUAAUAAACAUACAAAACACCUCACUGCCAUCAGCUUAAUAAACAUUUUUUAUUUUUAUUACUCCCCUUAUAGAUCUUGUAGACCUUUGACCUUUAUGAUCUUUGGCCGACAGGACCCCUACUGUGAGUGGCAGAUAAACUCCAGCAAGAAGGGUGACUACCAAUGCAGCCGACGGGGGAGACUGGAAGGAUCCAUUCGCGACCCAGUGGGGGUGCCCUAAAGUCUGCAACCAGUGAGUACCCACUGUCGGGCUGAUCGUAAUAUAAUGUUGCUUGGGGCAAUUACUCAUACACUAUGCAACUCUCUCACUCUCUCUCUUAACCUCUCCCCCCCCCGGUAACAGGAGGAGGACGUGUGGGGAGUGUUUGUCUAACUCCAGUCAGUGUGCGUGGUGUGAGUCGGCCCAAGCCUGCUUCUACUUUGCGGCCUACCUCACUAAGUACCCCUACGGAGAGUGCAGGGACUGGUAUGACAGGUAAACCAUUAGAACCAAUGAGCUGAACUCCUGUAGUCAACAACGAAACUUGGAACCGUUUAGAAUGGAGAUUUAAUCGUAUUUCCCUUUUCUCUUUGCAAUCUAUUAUGUACCAACAACGUGCAAUAAUAACCUUCUCUGUCUUCCUCCCUCUCCCUCCAUCCCCUGUCUCCAUCCCUCUCUCCCCCACUCCAGUGUCCACUCAGUGCCCCAGUGUAAGCAGUGCUCAGCUCUGGUCACCUGUACAGACUGUCUCCAGACGUUCCAGUGUGGCUGGUGUGGAGACUACAACAACCCCACCAUCGGCAGGUGUCUAAGAGGAGACUGGGCAGGGAUGGACGACCCCUCUGUGUAUAACUGCAGUGUGGCUGUGGCUGAAGUACGGGCUACCAGGUAUGAUGACCAGCAAACCACCCACACUUCAAAAUGCUUACUUACCCAGGUUUGACUUCAACUGAGGACAAGCCCACAAAACGGGCUGUGGUGAUGAAAAAAAAUAAUUAACUGAGCAGGUCAAGUGUAAGUAAUGCCUAAGUCCAAUGGAGCUGCCUGUGGAGUUACCAUGUCAAUACCAGACCACCUCUCUGCAUUAGGAGAUAAUACUGAACCUUGUUAUUCCUCCUCCCCCUCUAGUCCUGAGCCCCAGACCUUGGCCCCCCCGCGGCCCAUGGAGAUGGAGCUGGAGCUGGAGCACCUGGAGGAGGGGGAGAGGGAUGCAGUCUGGUCCUACCCCACCUGUCCCGAUGUGGAGGAGUGCAGGCUGGGCCUCCACAGCUGCCACCCCUUCGCCACCUGCGUCAACACCCCCACCUCCUACGAGUGCCACUGUGAGAGGGGCUACACUGGGGACGGCACCCUGCACUGCAACCAGACGUGAGCCUCUCUCUCUCUCUCUCUCUCAUUUCACUCCCUGUCACUCUUUCUUUUCCUCCAUCUUUCUCAUCCUCCCUAUCAUGACAAGCCCUUGUUCUGUCUACUAGCUUUUAUAAUGUCUCGUUCUCUGGAUAACUCCAUUCUCCUAAAGCUGACCUCUCUCUCUGCUCCAGUUGUUAUAAUGAGUGUCGUGAGGGCCAGUGCAGCGGCAGCCCGCGGUUUGAGUGUGAGUGUUCCCUGGGCUGGACAUCUGACCCAGCCACCCUGGUGCUGAGCGGGGUGGAGUGUGACGUGGACUGUGGCUGUAACUUCCACAGCACCUGUAUCACCGCCCCAGGCAUCUGUGAUCACUGCCAGGGUGAGACAGACAUACAAUAUCAACCCAUUACAGCAACACACCAAGAUGACCAGAAAAACAACAUAUUUUAUUAAUUUCAUAAGACAUCAUUUUUUCUCAUUAGUUCAUGCUCUCUCCGUUCUCCGUUCUCCUUAGAUUGGACAACGGGUCCCCAGUGUGAGCACUGUCGACCAGGGAGUUUUGGUUCUGCGCUGGCCGGGGGCGGGGGCUGUGUGCCCUGCCAGUGCAACGGCCAUGGAGACCCCCUCCAGGGCUACUGCCACAAUCAGACAGGCCAAUGCUUCUGCACACACCACACCCAGGGACCACACUGUGAAUCCUGCCUGCCCGGAUACUACGGAGACCCCAGGUGAGGGGGACAGACAAUGGGCUCUGGAUGGAUGGAUUUAUUUUUUGCAGGAUCUGUUUUAUAGAACAGUAUGUGUACUGUGCAUCAGCAACUAGUUGCUAUGUGCUCUGUAAUUUAAGAACCUGCUUCACUAUACAUCUGAAUGAUUGAAUUUCUCUCACUUAAUGCAUAUCACUUAUCCAACUCUCGCUCUCUCCCUCAGGAAUAAUGGCACCUGUUUCCGUCAGUGUCAGGGGCGCUCUGUGAUCCUGUCCCACCAGUCACCCCUCUCUGAGCUCCCCAUCUCGUCCUCCCUGGGGUGGCGAGGGGGCGUCGGGGGGAAGGGGGGACUCUCCCACUGUCUGUGGGUCCUGUCUGUCUCUGAGAACCUGGCCCCCUGUGUGCCGGGCGAGCUGUGCCCUCCUGUAGCUCUCACCCUGCACCCAGACUCUCACACACAGUGCACUGUGAGUACUGACCACACACUAACUCCUACAACACAGACUGAUGUUUAUUGUGCUGUAGUGAACAGAGCCACUAGUGUUCCCAUGGCCUGAGAUGUCCUUUCUGUCUCUCACACACAGAGCUCCUACGUUUACGUGUUUGACGGCCUGCCUCGUUUCUUGAGCAACGGGGUGGUGCACUCAGACCACAACCUGAUUGGAGCGUUCUGUGGGACGACCCGGACUCAGCCAAUCACUGUGGAGGCCACUUCAGGUUACCCUAGUGAUUUGUUUGUUUGUUUAUUAAAACUUCUGGUCAUUUUUUUAAAAGUUUUAAAAUAAAGUUUUUCUCCUACUUAUUUUCUGACUGCAAAUAUCAUGAGUAGUAUUGAAAGAUUCCCUCUCUGAUUCCUCUGUUCUCUCUCUCUCCCAGGUGUGAUCUCUGUCUACUUUGAGGCCAACGUCUCGUCCGACCACCCUCAGGGUUUCAACGCCUCCUUCUGGGUGCGACGCUGUCGAGAGGGUUCUGAGGCAGGCGGGGAUGGGUCACCGGUGUGCCAGGGAGGGGCGCAGUGCAGCGGGGGGCUGUGCCAGUGUCCUCAGGGGUACGGGGGGCCGUACUGCGACAGGCCCCUCUGUCCCGAGGACUGUGGGCUAGCAGAGGUCCGAGGCUCCUGCAACUUGGUGAGUGCAAGACUGUGUGAAUGCAAAUUGUUGUUUUUGUUGGUGUUUUGAUGUUUUCCUCUUUGCUUAUCCUGGUCCUAUAUAUUGCAGUCUCUUGUGUGUCUCUAAUGUUAACUCUCUCUGUCUCUGUCUCUCUGUGUGUGUGUGUUUUAGUCUCUGGGAGUGUGUGUGUGUGCAGACGGUUGGGGCGGCUCGGACUGCUCCACUCCUCUGGACUCCAGUAGCCUAGUUUGGGAAACCCUACUGGACACACAGCUCACAGCGGUAAGAACCAGCACACACACACACAUAUAUAAAAACACUCCCACCACAGAGUGUCACAGUGUUAAGCUUCCCCCUCCCUCCACAGAAUCAGGCCCACAGGUUCCUCCACCGGAUGGGCCAUUCUCUAGUGUCUGGGCCCCAGGGGAACCUCUGGAUGUAUGGAGGCCUCUCUCUCUCAGAGGGCAUCCUGGGCAACGUCUACAGGUGGGGGGAUGACUUUAAUGGUGUUGUUUUUAGUAGCGUUCAUUUAAAGAUGCCUUUUGUGAGACAGCGAAUUUUUUAAAUAAUUGUCUGAAAUUACCAGUAACUCAUAUCAGUUAGUUUGUCUGUAUGUCUCUCUCUCUUUCCUCUCUGUGUUGAUUGGUGGGUUCAUGUCCUGUCUCUGUGUUGGUUGGUGGGUUCAGGUACUCUGUGUUGGAGCGGCGCUGGACUCAGAUGCUGACCAGCUCAGUGGAGGAAGGCUCCACCCCCAGCCCACGCUACCACCAUGCCUCUGCCCUUCUGGCCAGUCACCAGCCUCUCUCCGGCGCCCAGGGAGCCACUCACAACCUCAUGCUGGUGGUGGGCGGUGUCACGCAGAAGGGCGUCGCCCUGGAUAUGUGGAGCCUCAACCUCAGCAGUCUGGUGUGGAGACAGCACAAGGUCAGAGUUGGUUUGUUUGGUUUUAGCAAUCCACCAUCUUGCUUUACUUGGGAAAAUAUAUGAACAACAAAACACUAAACAUAAAAUAUUGGUAGUUAACGGUCAGCCUACACCCCACGAUUCAAUUUACUAUAGACUUGUUCUAUGUAACCAAUUAGUCUGUGUCCUCUCCCCCCACAGAGCUCAGUGCUGCCACCGGUGGCAGGUCAUACUCUAACGGUGCGUCGGGACUCCUCUAUGCUGCUCAUCGGAGGUUACUCUCCAGAGAACGGCUUCAACCACCACCUGCUGGAGUUCAACAUCCACUCUGGCAACUGGACCGUCGCCCCCCACACCGGCACGCCUCCUACAGGUCAGAAGGACCUAUCUCCACCUGCACUCAUUAGCAACGUAUUGUCAUUAACUCACUUUGUACCUGCCAAUCUGGAAAGUCCCUACUCAGCUUUCGUGGAACCUCUGUCCCACUAAAUAUGCAUAGAAUAUAAAGAUUGAGGUGCAUCCAUUCUGGUUGGAGCAAAGAGUCAUUUCUGACAACAUGAACCACAAACUCCUGUCCCUUAUGAUGUUGCAUAAUUGACAAGUUCGUUUAACCCUUAACCCUCCCAUGUUGCCUCCUGACUGACUCCUGUGUGUCCUGUCCUCUCUUCAGGUCUGUAUGGCCAUUCUGCUGUGUACCACGAGCAGACGGACGCCGUGUACGUGUUCGGAGGCUACCGCUUCCACGUGGAGACAGUGGAGCCCUCAGGAGAGCUCUACAGUCUCUACUAUCCCAAUCUCACCUGGUCCCUACUGGUCCCCUCACAGGGGAAUAAGGUAGGUACUACUACAGCAGCUCUACCACGAGAACAGGCUUCUUUCACAACUAGCUUACCGGUAUUUCAACCGUUUUUACAUGGUCCCAGGCUGGCCUUAAUUGAUGACAUCGUCAUUAUAUCGGAACAUUUAUUUUUCUUAUAUUAACACUCUGUCUCUUUUCUCUCUCCCUCUCUCCACAGCCCCUGUCUCGUUUCUUCCACGCUGCAGCCCUGAUAAAAGACACCAUGGUGAUCGUGGGAGGGAGGACAGGAGAGGAGGACUACAGCAACACAGUGUCUCUGUACCAGAUCAACUGUAACACCUGGAUACAGCCAGGUAACUGUCUGACUUACACUACAUGGGGCUGGCCAAAACACUGCAUAUAUGCUCAGUUUGAUGAUGUUAUGGAGAUUAUUCUAAAGUUUCUCCCUUCCUAUCUCUCAGACUCGGCGGUGGGUGAGCCAGUUAACCGUUCAGUGUCUCUGGCCAUGGCGGGCUGGGGUGGGCGGCUGUUCCUCUCUGGGGGUUUCAACGGGGUCACCCUGGGGCGUCUUCUCACCCUGACCCUUCCCUCUGACCCCUGUGCCCUGCUGCCCACGCCCGAGGCCUGCAACACCACCACAGGUAGCUGUGUCUGGUGCAGGGGCACCUGCGCCUCCUCUAAUACCGCUGAGAGGUACAGCUAUGGUUAUUAUGGGAAUGACUUAUCUGUUGUUUCCAAGUUGUUGACUGUGUCUUUCUUUUUAUUUUGGAGGUGUUUCUUGGGGUUGUUACUUUGUGUAAUCAUAUUUAUUAUUUCCCUAUCUCAGAAUUAUUGACCAACUAUCCCUUCUCUCCCCCUCUCUAUGGUGUUUUGUCCCUCUCUCUCAGACUGGGCUGUUCAAUUGGUCAGUCUCCCUGCUCCCCCACCCCUCGUCUACCAGACCAGUGUCGAAGACUGAAGACCUGCAGCGAGUGUCUGGCACGCCACCCCAGGACCUUCUCUAGCCCCUCACAGGUAAUACACAUUUCCACACACACACACACUCAAACGCACACUAACACCAGCCCAGACAGUACCCCCCCCCCCACACACACACACACACACACACACACAGACACACUGCUAACCUCCCCCUCUCUGUCAGUCCCAGUCUGCUCUGCAGUGUAAGUGGUGUACAAACUGUCCAGAGGGAGCAUGCAUCAGCAGUACUGUCAGCUGCACCUCAGAACAUGACUGCAGGAUCAACCAGAGAGAGAUCUUCCUGUCCAGCAACUGUACUGAGACCAGCUGUGAGGCCUCCGACUGCCCCAAGUGCACCGCCUCAGGGAAGUGCAUGUGGACACGCCAGUUCAAACGCACUGGUGAGGGACACCUCCAUUCACCUUCUAUUGCUAGCGACAGAAGUCUUAGGUUGACCACUAGACUAAGUUGUGGCUGAAUAACUGAGAACCACUCUCUUACAUCUUGUGUUGCGGUUCCUUCAGGGGAGACCAGGCGCAUCCUGAGUGUGAACCCCACCUACGACUGGACGUGCUUCAGCUACGCCCUGCUCAACGUGUCCCCCAUGCAGGUGGAGUCCUCCCCCCCUCUACCCUGCCCGCCCCCCUGUUACCACCUCAGCACCUGCAGCCUCUGCCUGGGCUCCCGGGGCUCAGAUGGGGGCUGGCAGCACUGUGUGUGGAGCAUGGCACUGCAGCAGGUAAGACAGAGACAGACUGAGUGUGUCUCGUGUGGGUGGUGGGGUGGGUGGGUGUGUGGGUGGCUGGCGGGGUAGGGGCAUAUCUGUGUCUUAUUUUUUCCUGAAAAUAUAUUUCUGCAUUGUAGCUUCAAAAACAAAUGAAUAAGAAUAUAUGUCUGCCCUCCCUUCCCCCUCUCCUCUCCUCCAGUGUGUGAGUCCAUCCUUCGUGCCUCUGCGCUGUGAGGCGGGUCAGUGUGGUCGUCUGCUGUCUGGUGGGGACUCCUGCUCCCCACAGUGCGCCCAGCUCACCCAGUGCUCCCAGUGCAUCGCCUGGCCCCAGUGUGGCUGGUGUGCUGCACGCGGGGGCAAUGGGGCUGGACGCUGCCAGCAGGGAGGCCUCGACGGUGAGGGGAACAGAAUUGAAUAGACCUUUUGAAUAUUGUUUUAUAGGCUAGAAUAAUAGAUCCUCAUCCAGUGUGUGUGUGUGUGUGUGUGUUUAUGAUUAAAAUAUAACAAAGCUUUAUAGAAUAUAACUUUAUUGUCCAACAUUUAGGGUUAUAUUCUCUACUCUACUGUUUUAGGUGUGAGUGAGGGAGUGUGUCCCCAGAGGAACAGCAGCUGGUCAUUCCUCCACUGCCCGGAGGAAGAUGAGUGUGCCAACGGCCACCACCACUGUAACAGCACCCAGGACUGCCAUGACCUGACCCAGGGAUACCACUGCACCUGCAAGCAGGGCUACGUUCUCAGCCGGUAGGAAGGAACACGUCACAAUCAUCAUCAUUAAUGGCAGAAGAAGUAGCACUUGGAUACCUCAGCAGCUAUACACACACAACCACAUCAUCAUCACAAUCAUCAGUACUACCACCUGUCCUGCAAACAGGGCUACAUAUUCAGUAUGUAUACAUACAUAGUAUCCUGAAAAGGUUUUACAGCUGUACCAUUGAGAGCAUAUUGACUGGCUGCAUCACGGCUUGGUAUGGCAAUAGCACCGACCUUGAUCGCAUGGCGCUACAGAGGGUUGUGCGGACAGCCCAGUACAUCACUGGGGCCGAGCUCCCUGCCAUCCAGGACAUCUAAAUCAGGCGGUGUGAAAAGAAGGCCCGGAAAAUCGUUAAAGACUCCAACCACCAAGCCAUAGUCUAUUUUCUCUGCUGCCGUAUGGCAAGAGGUACCGGUGCAUCAAGUCUGACACCAACAGGCUCUUGAGCAACUUCUAUCCCCAAACAAUAAGUCUGAUAAAUAGCUAACAAAAUAACUACACUGACUGAGUUUCCCUUGUAUCUUUAUUGACCUUUUAUUUCAAUAUUUGCACUCUCUAUGCACAUUCAUAGGGCCCUACAUACUCAAACACGGUCACUCCAACACACACACAAAUACUCACUCAAUCAUCUGCUCACUCACACAUAAUAUGCACAUACAUUUAUACUGACUCUACACACAUGCACACCCACUCACAUGCAAGCUGCUGCUACUCUGUUUAUCUUAUAUCCUGUUGCUUAGUCCCCCCAUCCCUAUACAUAUCCACCUCCAUCACUCCAGUAUCACAGCACAUGUAAAUAUGGAAUCGGAACUAACUUUUUUAAUAUUCUGUAUAUAGUAUCCUUACUUACUUUAUUGUGUAUUUCAUAUUUCCUCUCUUAUUUCUUGUGUGUUUUAUUCUAGUAAUUCAUUGAUCAUUGCAUUGUUGGGUUUUAGAGUUUGCAAGAAAGGCAUUUCACUGUACUUGUGCAUGUGACAUUAAAACUUGAAACUUGAGAACAAACAGGGCUACAUAUUCAGUAGGUAUACAUACAUACAUACAUAGUAUCCGUUUAAGUUUCUCCUCUUUCUCUGUACUCCCUCUCUGCAGUGUGUCAGGCCAGUGUGAGCCGGUGUGUGCUCAGGGUUGUGUCAACGGGACGUGUGUGUCCCCGGGAGUGUGUCAGUGUCACUUUGGCUUCGUGGGGGACAACUGCUCGUCUCAGUGUCGCUGUAACAAACACAGCAACUGUAAAGGAGUGUCUGAGACUGACAAGUGUCUGGAGUGUAGAAACAACACCAUGGUGAGUGGGGCACACACACACACACACACACACACACAGUACCAGUCAAAAGUUUGGACACACCUACUCAUUCCAGGGUUUUUCUUUAUUUUUACUAUUUUCUACAUUGUAGAAUAAUUGUAAAGACAUCAAAACUAUGAAAUAACACAUAUGGAAUCAUGUAGUAACAAAAAAAGUGUUAAACAAAUCUAAAUAUAUUAUAUAUUUGAGAUUCUUCAAAGUAGCCACCCUUUGCCUUGAUGACAGCUUUGCACACUCUUGGCAUUCUCUCAACCAACUUCAUGUUAAUUAACAGGUGUGCCUUGGUUAAAAGUUAAUUUGUGGAAUUUCUUUCCUUCUUAAUGCGUUUGAGACAAUCAGUUGUGUUGUGACAAGGUAGGGGUGGGUAUACAGAAGAUAGCCCUAUUUGGUAAAAGGCCAAGUCCAUAUUAUGGCAAGAACAGCUCAAAUAAGCAAAGAGAAACGACAGUCCAUCAUUACUUUAAGACAUGAAGGUCAGUCAAUCCGGAAAAUUUCAAGAACUUUGAACGUUUCUUCAAGUGCAGUCGCAAAAACCAUCAAGCGCUAUGAUGAAACUGGCCACAGGAAAGAAAGACCCAGAGUUACCUCUGCUGCAGAGGAUAAGUUCAUUAGAGUUACCAGCCUCAGAAAUUGCAGCCCAAAUAAAUGCUUCACAGAGUUCAAGUAACAUCAACUGUUCAGAGGAGACUGCGUGAAUCAGGCCUUCAUGGUCUAAUUGCUUCAAAGAAACCACUGCUAAAGGACACCAAUAAGAAGAAAAUACUUGCUUGGGCCAAGAAACACGAGCAAUGGACAUUAGACUGGUGGAAAUCUGUCCUUUGGUCUGAUGAGUCCAAAUGUGAGAUUUUUGGUUCCAAGUUGGUGAACGGAUGAUCUCCGCAUGUGUGGUUCCCACUGUGAAGCAUGGAGGAGGUGGAGGAGGUGGUGUGGGGGUGCUUUGCUGGUGAAACUGUCUGUGAUUUAUUUAGAAUUCAAGGCACACUUAACCAGCAUGGCUACCACAGCAUUCUGCAGCGAUACGCCAUCCCAUCUGGUUUGGGCUUAGUGGGACUAUCAUUUGUUUUUCAACAGGACAAUGACCAACACACGUCCAGGCUGUGUAAGGGCUAUUUGACCAAAAAGGAGAGUGAUGGAGUGCUGCGUCAGAUGACCUGGCCUCCACAAUCACCUGACCUCAACCCAAUUGAGAUGGUUUUGGAUUAAUUGGACUGCAGAGUGAAGGAAAAGCAGCCAACAAGUGCUCAGCAUAUGUGGGAACUCCUUCAAGACUGUUGGAAAAGCGUUCCAGGUGAAGCUGGUUGAGAGAAUGCCAAGAGUGUGCAAAGCUGUCAUCAAGGCAAAGGGUGGCUACUUUGAAGAAUCUCAAAUAUAAAAUAUAUUUUGAUUUGUUUAAUACUUUUUUGGUUACUACAUGAUUCCAUAUGUGUUAUUUCAUAGUUUUGAUGUCUUCACUAUUAUUCUACAACGUAGAAAAUAGUAAAAAUAAAGAAAAACCCUUGAAUUAGUAGGCGUGUCCAAACUUUUGACUGGUACUGUAUACACACACACAGUAUUUCAGCACAUCAACUGUAAGAUUAUGCAUGUCACAGCCCAAUGUGUUUCUUGAGUGCCAAAACACUAGUGACACACUGGUGCUGAUCCCAGGUCAGAUUCUCAGUUCACUCAGUGCAUCAUAUACUGAUGAUUGCGGUUUGUGCCUCUCUCUCCUGUUCCAGGGUGAUCACUGUGAGAAGUGUAAGCCCCUGUAUGUGGGGUCGGCGGUGGGUGGGGGGACGUGCCGCCCCUGUCGGGAGUUCUGCAGGGGGAACAGCGCUGUGUGUCUGUCCCGGGACGAACACAAGAGGGCGGUAGACCACCCCCAAGACCACCCUCUGGACCAAGACAGCGUAAGUGGCUCACUGUCUGUUUUUGUUCAUUUAUAUGUUCUCUCUAUCUUCCUUUGAGUUUAUUAAUGGAUUACUUUGGAUCUGAUCAACAGCAUCUUUUGUGGUCAUAUCAGGAUUUAUGUGCUAGCUAGAAACUCACUGUGUAGGAACAGGUAUACCAUCUUGGAUGUCAUUUAACUGCAUUUCUUUUGUUGAACUCCCUCUCCUUCCCUUUAUCAGAUUGUUCAGUGGGUGUCGGAGGGUCCUACAGAGGACGCAGCGGUUUGUGUGAGCUGCCAGAACAACAGCGUGGGGGACAAGUGUGAGAGCUGCCUUAGCGGCUACUUCCUACUGCAGGGGAAGUGUGACAAGUGAGUAGUGAUUCCUUUAAAAUUAACCUCUAGCCACAUCUAAUUCACUUGUAAUUAAAGGAUGAAAUUGAUGAAAGGGACAUGGAGCAAUAUUGUGGUGUUCACACCCAUUCGAUUCUUGAGUUUUCCAGACUGUGCACUUCAGAGGAGUGUUCUUGAUGAAGGGGUGAUUCUGUAAAAAUCACUUUGGAGGGCUGAAUCCCAAAGAAGGCUGAAAUGCUAUUUGUUACUCCCACCUGCAGGUGUCAGUGUAACGGCCAUGCUGACACGUGUAAUGAACAUGACGGCACAGGCUGCCCCUGUCAGAACAACACAGAGACCUCUUCCUGCCUCAGCAGCCCGCAGAGCGACAGGAAGGACUGCUACAGAACACAGGUAUGGAUAGGACUGAUGCAGGCACUAGGCACAGUUUACAAGCAGGUAUACUGAUACAGCAGAGGGAGAAUUGAAUAAGGAUACCUUGAAUUUCCUGGUUGUAAAGACCACAAUAAGCACAGUACUUACAUGCACUUGUAUUUCUUGUUUCUUCUCCCUCUCUGGAAUCCUCCUCGCAGUGUGCCAAGUGUAAAGACUCCUUCAACGGCACACCGGUAAACGGGCGCCAGUGCUACCGGCAGUUCAACGUGGACAAUGAGUGCUGCUUCGACCCCACCUCCCAGACAAACUGCUUCCACGACCCCACCAUCCGCAAUCUGCCCAAGGGACGCACCGUCUUCUUCGCUGCCCAGCCAAAGUUCACCAACGUGGACAUCCGGGUCACCAUCGACGUGACCUUCGGGGAGGUGGAGGUGUACGUGUCCAACUCCCACGACACCUUCAUCGUAGAAGUGGACCGCCACACAGGCAUCCACGCCGUCAAGAUCGAGGACGAGUCAGCGGCCCGAGGUGGGGUGAGCGGGGGGGAUAAGGAGACGCCUCCAUCACCUAUGAAGGUGUAUGCCAACUCCUCAUCCAGUCUGGGUGGGCCCAUGCUCCCCAACACCCCCCUGCAGCUCCACGCCAAGCCCCAGGGGGCGGACAGGGAGGUACGGGAGGCCAGGACGGAGGGGCUCAUCUCCUACAUCACGGUGUGGAAGCCCCAGACAGUGCUGAUCGUUCGAGGUGUCCGUGACCGCGUGGUCAUCACCUUCCCCCAUGAGGUCCAUUCCCUGAAGUCCAGCCGCUUCUACAUCGCCCUGCGCGGGGUAGGCACCGACGAGAGACAGGGCGAGUCCCAGGGCCUGCUCUUCCUCCGCCAGGACCAGGCCCACAUCGACCUGUUCGUCUUCUUCUCUGUUUUCUUCUCCUGCUUCUUCCUCUUCCUCUCCGUCUGCGUCCUCCUCUGGAAGAUUAAACAGUUCAUGGACUUCCGCCGAGAGCAGAGGCGUCAUAUCCAGGAAAUGACCAAGAUGGCGUCCAGGCCCUUCGCCAAGCUCACUGUCUAUUUGGAGCCAGAGGAGCCCCAGCUCAUCUACCUGCCCUCCACAGGGGGCGGAGGGGUGGGGGGCAGUGCCGUGUCCCUGGCCCAUGCACGCACAGGCAAGCUGGGGGGCAUUGUAGUUGGCCAGAGGGGGAGAGCUGGAGCCGUCUCCUACAAACACGAGCCAGGCUCCGGCCCCACCGUCCACCACCACCACCUUACUCUGGGCGGAGGGGGCAACAGUGGGCAGCACCUGCCCCUGCAUUACCUCAACACCCACCACUAUGUCCCCACCACCGCCAACACCACGGCCUCGCACCACCACCACCCGUCCUCCCACAGCGGGUACCAGCACUUCUGCCGCUCUGACCCCUUCCUGUCCCAGCUCAUGGGCUUCUCCUACUCCACCUUCAAAGUGGGACCCAUCACCCUGGAGCCCACGGACGACGGCAUGGCCGGGGUGGCCACCGUCCUCAUCCAGCUGCCGGGGGGCAUCCUGGCCCCUAACCGCGCCUGCCUGGGGUCCGCCCUGGUCACACUACGGCAGAACCUCCAGGAGUACUGUGGUCACGGCAAUGGAGGGGGACACCCCGGAGCGGGAGGGGUGCGCAAAGGCCUGCUAGGGCAUCAGCACCUCACCACCAUGGCUAUGUAG